AUGGUAAAUGUUUAACACAUUGUGUGUCCACAACUUUAAAAACCUUUCUCAUUUGUUGCAAAUCUAUUUAAGUCCCUUUAAAUUAAAUUAACAACUAUGAGUGAUUAUUUUAAUUAGUAAUUUGAUCAUUGUAUUUUGACAAAUCCCUAGUGUUUAUUACAAUGGUGAAAAGUAAGCCAAAAAAAGGUCGACCAGACAAGACCUUUACGUUCAAAUCCUUCAAUGACCACAUUUCAGAAAUCAAAAUCGACCUUAUUCGAAAGAUUGAUACUGCAAGAGGAUCUGAACAAAAUGAUUUUGAAUCCAAGUUCCAUGAGACAUUACAAAAGUUUAGUGACUUUAAUUGUACUGCUGAUUUUGCAGCAAUCAAGAAACGGCUUGGUGGAACCUCAACAUUUUACUCUGUGAUUCAAGUUCAUGAGCGACAUGAAGAGUUGUUCAAUGUUCUCCAUGAUUCCUUGUCCAAAGAAGAUAGUUUGGCCAGUGAUGUCAUUCUUGAACUUAUUGUUGCUCUUGCAACUGACAUUGGUGAAUUGUUUUAUCCAUAUUUUGAACCAACGUUUGAAGCUCUCGUUAAACUCAUGGAUAGCCAGGAUCCUAAAUUAGUCGAGAAUAUUUUUAUGGCAUUAGCCAAUCUAUUUAAAAUACUUUCACGAGAGAUACAAAAGCAAGCAUCUUACAUACAGAAAAUAUUUGCACUGUUCAAAGGAUUGUUUUCCAACAAAAGGCCAGAAUUUAUUCGUUCAUUUGCUGCCCAAAGUUUAACCUACCUUAUACGAAAAAUCUCGAAGAAAGAUGAGGUUAUUCAAGUUGUGCUCAAGGAAGUUGAUUCAGAUUCUAGUGUCAUCAGUGGUGUUUCCUAUUUGUUAUUUGAAAUAGUUAAAGGUGUUACCGGCCAUUUACAGAGCUGUGCUGAGACAUUCAUCAAAUCAUUGCUCGUUAUUUAUACAGAAAAUUAUUCUGCAUCAAAAAAUGUUAAACUGUGUGUUGAGGAAACCUUUAAACUGAUUGCUGGCCAUAUUGAAAAAGAAAGGUCUGAUAUUAUAUGGAAAAAUUUGUUAACUGUGUGUGAAAAUUCCAUCCAAUCUCCGCAAUCAUUCAAGCAGGUAGCAUCGAUAUUGUUGUUUUUUGUCUCUUAUAAGCGUGGAGAGCUUAUUCAAGAUUGUGAAAAUAUCGUCUAUUCCACAAUUCUUUUUCUCAAAUCCAUGUUUGAUGUUCAAGAUUGCUUAGAUGUGUUACUUCGCUUGACUGCUGUUAUCUUAAACAAUCUUUAUGCGUCAAUUGAACCUGAUCGUCGUCGAGAACUUAUCAAAACUGCUUUCGAUUCUAACAUAACAGCAUCACAAUUUGGUUCCUUUGUAGAGAGCCUUUACCACAAUCACUUCUUUGAAGACGAUAUUCUACCAUUUCUCCUAAAGCGAUCCUAUCAACCUUUAAUCCAGUGUCAAACUAGUUUGAUUGAAGAUGAAUUACAAGAACAGAUCAAAGAAUUUAAUAAUAUCAUUGAUAUUUUAUUCAAAUUGAUUACGUGCAAGGCACCUUUACCAAUUUUGGAAACUCUUCCAACGUUUGAAGCCUAUCCUUUAGACUUUUCAAAAGUUGCUACAGAAGAAGGAUGCGCGGAUUUGAUUGCGAGGCUGUUGAAAGUUCUAAUUGAUCCACAGGAUUGGGAACUUGUUCGUAAAAUCGUAAACAUUUUGCCUCACUUGAUACCGCUGGAGCGUAGUUUCGUUAUAGAUGGAUUGACAAGCUUGAUUAUCAAAUUGAUGGCAAAAAUUAGUGAAUUUUCCAGUGAUCCUGACCGUUGUUAUACCAAGCUUGACUAUGAAAAAGCUUUGUUUCUAACAAUUCUUAGCGAGUCAAUAUACUCACUUUCACUGCUGCGGUCAUCAGAACUUUUGUCAGUUUUCGAGGAUGCCUUCAUUACACACUUAUUCAAUAAAUUUCCUGGAAAUCCAAUAAUCCUUCAAGGGUUCGUGUUUUUCUUACAAUACGCAGAUUUUUGUAAGAACAAAGAAGUUUUCAGUCGUGAAUUUUUCGAAAAAAUGUACUUCAAUUACUUUCAAGACAAUUUACGCCAUCCGAAAAGUCAAGUUAGAUUCUUAACUUUGAUGGCCAUCGACUUGCUUAAUCCUCCAAUGGGACCAAGUGAAUCAGGAGAAGUUAAUAAGUCCAUAUUUCGUAUUUGUUUGGAUGCCGAAAUGGUUUCUGUGACUCUUCAAGAAUAUCGAGAAAAAUUGCGAUUGAUUAAUCUUCUGCAAUAUGGUUUGGUUAACAAAUCACUUCCAUUGCCAUCACUCAACGGGCAAACAUAUGAUCUUGCCCCUUUAUAUUAUUUACUGGGUACUCUUUACUAUAACUUUACCCCUCUAUGGCAACCCAUACAAAAGAUGAUUCAAGAGUAUGGACGAGGGUCGAAAGAUAAGACAUCAUUUUGGCAAGUUGUGUCCAAGCAUUUCCACGAUACUCAAAAUUACUGUAGAUUAGACACCCAUGUUGAUACCAAUACGUUUUGGCCAAGAAUGAAUCAAACAAGUGAAGCCAAUCCAAAACCAGACUAUCUAAAUCAUCGUAUUUUGUUAUUACAAAUAUUUAAAUCAAUUGCAGACGUUCUAGAAAAUAAUGGCGAUGAUGUUGUUUUUUGGUUUUUCGAUUUCUUAAAAGACGAAGCUGACUCAAAAGGGCUUGGAAAUUUCAAAAAAGAAGAAGAUAUUUCUAUAAUAUCAUCCGUAGACAUUGAAAAUGACGAUAAAACUAAAGACAAGGAAAGUGAUACUCAAGAGGAUAUCGAUCCUGACUCUAUAAUUAAUGAAGAUGCCGAGUUAUCAGACACUGAAAUAGACAUGGAUAAAUCUGACAACUUUAAAAGUGAGCAAGAUGAACCAAAACGUAAACUCGAAGUGAAGGUAAUGUUGAAAACGAUGGUUGCUUUUCUUGAUCUUUUGGCUCAAUUCAAAGCUCCUAAAAAGUUGGAUAAAGGGGGAAAACUUUUGGAAUUGCAUCGCUCUCUACUUCAACAUACUAAUCCAAUCGUCCAAAAAGCUGCUCUCAAUUGUCUUUUCAAUUAUAAUGACAAAAACGUUAAUCCUUAUCGAGAAAGUUUAUUCAGACUGUUGGACGAUACUACAUUUAAAGACGAGAUUCUCUUGUUUGGUUCAAGAGGUCCCAAUCCUGAUGAAGAACAUGUUAAGCCUGAACAUCGAUCAGCUGUGAUACCUUUUGUUAUGCGUAUUUUAUACGGUAAAAUGUUAUCCAAAACAGGAUCACGAACAGCUGGUAAAGCCAAUUUCGAUCUUCGAAGAUCAAUCGUUUUUCGAUUCCUUGCUUCUUGCUCAAAAGAUGAAAUUAUGUCAUUUUUGAAGCUAUCUUUUGCUGGUUUUGUUCACUUGUUUGAGGUCAAACCAAUGGAAAUAUUAUUUAGCUUGAAACAAAUCGACAUACACAGAUGUAUUCCACUAAAAUAUGUACAAGGCUGUUUAAAAACAUUGGAAUUGAUGUUUAUGCACUUUGGUAAUGUUGUUUCUAAUUUACUUCCAAUUCUCAACAAAAUUCUUCUCAUUGUUACAUCUUACGCUCGUGUGCUUCUUGAUCAACGAUUGCUUCUAAAUACUCAAGCCGUUAGUCGUCUCAAAGCGAUUCGAACUGAUUGCUUCAAAUUGACAGAGAAAUUCUUCACCCUAUUUGAAACUUAUCAUUUCACCAGUGAAGAGUUGGACGCUCUAUUUGAGGCUCUCUUGGAUCCAAUGAUUGUGAACCUUGCAAACGAAAGCUUAGAAAAUCCAUCGCCGCUUCUUCGGCUUCUCCAUUGUUGGUCAUGCAAUCCAAGAUACUUCAUUUUGUUUGUCAAAAAACAUUCACUUGAAGCCGACGUUACUCCAUUAUCCUGUUUGAUUAGUUUAUACUCUUCUAAUAAGGCAGCCAAUUCCGUCAUUGAUUACAUCUCUAACAUUUUGGCUAAUCUAUUGUCUUAUGAGAAUCACAAUCCGAUGGAAGAUGACGAAGAAUCUGUAAUACCUCAUCUUGAAGUAAAUUAUCUUAUCGAUGAAUCUUAUAAUGCAAUGUAUCGCACCACAAGUGAUGAGAUGAAUUUAGGAACUCACAUAAUGAUUCCUUAUAUUAGUCCAAUCCUUUCGAGGAUUCGAGUUAAUUUGAGUAACCGUUUGGCCAAGUCUAAACGAAGAGAAGUUAUCAUCCGUGAUAAUGAAACAAUUAUUUUGUCCCAUCUCAGUGUACUCGUUGAAAAGGAAGAAGAUUGUAUUGCUUUGGUUAAUCUUCUCAUCGAUUCAAUUAAUUACCAACAUGAUAAAAUUGAAGAAUCAGCCAUCAAAGCUUUGGAAUCAAUCAACAACUUGAUCGGUAAAAUUAAAAACAAUGCCAGACAAUUUAUUCUCAAACUAUGCCGUCUAUUCGAGCUAAUCCAUGACCGUAAUGCUCGAAUAAAAUUGUGUGAAAUCCUUACAACUGUAUCGAAAAAUUUACCCAAACUAGAAGCUCUAGUUGAAGUUAUUGCAAUGAUUAAUACCUACAACCCACGUAACCCAGAGGAACCCGACUAUUCAGUUCGUGAAGAAGGAUUUUCAAAGGCUCGUAAAAUUAUCCAAGGAAUAACUGAAAGCUCUGUACCGAGUGAUUGGAUUAAAAUUUUGAUCCAUAAUUGUGUCUUUUUCAUCAACACAUCUGAAGACAUUGGUCUUCGUGAAUCAUCAUCAACAUGUCUCAGCCUAAUCAUCAAACAGUUAUCUUCUUUUGAAAAUUUAAAGCAUUUUCAAAGUAUCGUGAUGAGCAUCAUAUUUCAAAUUCAUAUCAAAAAAGGUAUGAAAAAUCUUAAUGAACACGCAAGACAUGAAUGGAUCACAGUAUUAUCAGAUUUAGUUAAAUAUGGUAAAGAAAAGGACAAAAUGCUUGGACAGUUGGCUUUACUCUCUCAUGAAGAUGCUGAUCAAGAUUUUUGGAGCAAUGUUCGUCAUAUACAAGUUCAUCGACGAAUCCGUGCUUUAGCCAAACUUGGUAACAACCAUGAACUUCUAUCAAAAUUCUCACCACUUUUGUUGCAAGAUUAUAUUCUUCCAGUGGCUUCAAUAUUUAUCAGUGAUUUAAAAGCAACUAAAUAUGGAGCUGCGUCAAGUUAUGCUGUAGACCUCAUUGGAUCUAUUUGUUGUCACCUGCCAUGGGGACCUUACCAGAAAUUACUUCGUCUCUACCUGCAUCGUAUCAUUGGUGAUGCUGAUAAUCACAAGUCAAAUGUUAGAAUACUGUGCGCUAUUCUCAGUAACUUCAAUUUCGAUUUGAGUAAAUCAAUGUUACUUGUUAAAAGUAAAGAGGAAAAACAUGAAUCAACCUUGGCAAAACUGGAAAAUGAUGGUUCGUCUAAACAAGUGUUAAAUCCAGAAGCGGCAACUAGAGUUCAUCAAACAAUCAUCGGUGAUUUAGUUCCUAAGCUUCAAGAAGUUCUCUAUAAACUUUCCUACACUGAUUAUGAGUACGACAUUAUUCGCAGUGAAUUUAACCAUGAAGAUGAAAUUCAAAGGAUGCCAAUAGCUUUAGCUAUGGUUAGACUGCUUGACUCUGUUCUCAUAUCUGAAUCAGCCUUUGAGAAUCACAUUCGUGCCAUAUUCACACGAAUGUGCAACUUCUUGAAAUCUCGUCUGGAAAGUAUAAGAGAUGCAUCGAGAAAAAUUUUGUGCAAGAUAAUGGAAAUUCUUGGAGCUCGUUAUUUACAAAUUUUACUUCGUGAAAUGAAAUCCAUGUUGACCAAAGGUUUUCGUUUCCAUGUUCUCACCUAUACUAUUUACAUGGUCUUGGAAACUAUGUCGUCUAAUUUGAAAAGUGGAGAUCUUGAUGAAUGUGCACCUCUUUUGAUUGAAAUUUUUCACCAAGAACUGUUUACUGAUGUGGCUGAGGAAAAGUCUGUUGGUAAAAUAACAGCGAAAUGUAAAGAGGCCAAAAAGAUUAAAAGUUACGCCGCUUAUCGUAUUUUGGGUAAAUUUGUUUCAUCAAAAAACCUAAUCAAAAACAUGUUGCCAUUGAAAAAGAUUCUCGACGAAACAUUCUCGGUCAAGGAGAUUAAAAAGGUUACGAUUUGUAUGGAGAAACUAUUUCUUGGUUUGACUGAAAACCAAGGAUUAUCUGAAGUUUCACUUGUUUCAUUUAUUCAUGAUGCUUUAGAGGAUAAAAUUCCUUCUUUAAAAGUUAAACCUGAAAAAGUAAACAAAAAACAUAGUCAACCGCAAAGAAGUGAUUCCCUGCUAUUGAAACCAGAAUAUAAGCAGAAAAAGAUAACGAAAACCAACCCAAUGUCCAAUGUUCACGUUUUAUUUGAAUAUUGUUUGCGUUUACUCCUUUCUUUGUUUAAAAAGAAUCGUCUUAGGCCUGGAACUCCAGCUGUUGAAAAUCUUGGAAAAUUUGUUCCGAUCUUGAUUGAUUCACUAUUUUCAAAGCAUGUCAAGCUGACUUCAACUGCUCUUCGCUGUCUGAACCAAUAUAUUAGAAACUUUCCUGAUUUACCCGAAUUCAAAGAUUCUUGUGAUACCAUCAAAUGCAAUAUUUUAGUUUUACUGGAUGAAUUUGUUGCCUCAGGAGCCAACAGCAGGGAAAAUGUGGAAUUGGUCACAAUGUGUUUCAAAACAAUAUCAAAUUUAAUCAAAUCUAUCGAAUCAAUCAAAUUAACUGCUGAUCAAUUGAAAAUUUUGCUCUUCUAUGUGGAUAAGGAUAUGGCUGAUCGAGCUAAACAAUCAACUGCUUUCUCUUUGCUCAAAGCCAUUCUACAUAAGAAAAUGGAAUCAUCUGAAAUCAAGGAUAUCAUGCAAAAAAUCACCUACAUUAUGGUACAAUCAGAGGAUGAUCAUAUUAGGGAAGAAUGUCGUCUUGUCUGGUUGAAAUACCUUCUCAAUUACUCUCUUGGAAGUCAGUUUAAUAACCAUGUUAACUAUUUUACCCGCCAAUUGGAAUAUCCUCGAGAAAUUGGACGAUCAACCAUUCUUAAGUUGAUCUUUUCGGUCAUCAAGUAUCAAGAUAAUAGUCAAAUCUCUGACAAUGCUGCUGCUUUUUACAUUCCCUUAGCUGCCCGGUUGAUAAACGAUGAUUCUGUUAAAUGUCGUGAAUUGGUUGCAACCAUUUUGGAAAAAUUGUUAUCUAAAAUAUCUAAAAAAUCGAGGGAUAAAUUAUUUACUGAUGUCACUUUAUCUUGGUUUCAAGCUGAUAAUCAACUACACCGAAGACUUGCUGCUCAACUGUUUGGCCUUUUUGUUUCUGUUGAAGGACCAAACUUUCGUUCCCGAUUAACUCAGUGUUUGCCUUUACUCGUUCAACAAGUUGACCCUUCAAGAUACGAGCCUGGAGAAGAAUCAAAGGUCGAUGAUCAUCAAUUAUUCCAACUAUUAACUUUCUUCCAUAAAAUUAUCUUGCAUGAUCCUGAAAUCAUGGAGGACUCUAGAUUUAUUGAUAAUCUCAAUUCAAUAUUCUUUUAUAUUGAAAAAGAUUAUUUGACCUACCCUCACAUCUGGAUCAGGGUAUUAUCUGUAAAAAUAGUGGCUAGUCUUUUCAACCAUUUCACUGUUUCUCAAAUUUCCGAUUAUUUAAUUACUGCCAAACAAGAUAGAUUCUAUCUUUUAAACAAUUUACCCUUAAGAAUUUGGAAUCUUUGUAAAAAACAUUGUUUCCUCUUCAGUAUUAUCUAUGAAAACAAUGAAGUUGGGGACAUUUUGGUGAAAAAUUUACAUUACAUUGCCAAAGUUUUCUUGAGUUUACCCGAAAAUUUCAAGAUUAGUUUGGAUUUCGUUAAAAACAAUGGAAUAGCUGAGCAUAAAGAAAAUGACGAACAAAAUAUUGAACCAAAAAAGAAGAAAGCCAAAAAGAUGAAACAACCAGCCGAUCCAACACCAAAGCCCACUGAAAAGAUUGAUGACUGUCCUCUCAAUGAAUCUGGUACCGAGGAAAACUUCGUCGACAAGUUAAACUUGAGAUGGUUAACUAAUCGUCUUAUUAGGGAGAUUAAACGUGAAAUAUCAAACAAUCCUCAUGAAUAUCGAGCUCGUAUCACUAUCUUCAAAUGGAUUGCUGCAAUUGUUGUGGAAGCUGAUGCUUCAUUUAUUCAACAAAACUGUCGCAACUUGCUGAUUCCGCUUGCCCGUGAAAUAACUAAUCGUAACUUGAAAGAAGCUGGCCGUCUUAGAGAAGAAGAUCCUAAACAAAUUCUGGUAACUCAAUGUUUACAGUUGUAUGAAAUGAUCCGAAAUAAGGUUGGAUCCGAGGUAUUUAGUGCAGCCUAUGCCGAAGUGGUGACACUUCACAAUCGUAAAAAGAGUGAACGUAAAGCUUCACAAGCAGUUCAGUUCUUGACUAACCCUGUGAUGGCAAUGAGGCGAAAACAAAGGAAACAUCAAGCCUACAAAGAAAGCAAAAAACGGAAGAAGGACUUUAGAAGAGGAAAAGUAAAUCGUUUCAUGAAACGACCUAAAUUAAACUAAAUAUAUUUCAGCCUUUAACUUUGUGAUUGACGUGUUAUUUUGCGCUUAACUAUCUUUACUUUUGUAUUGAACCAAACAGUUACUGUAUAAUAAUAAUAUUAAUAACAAUAAUAACCAUAAUAUUAAUACCUUUCA